AUGUUGACCUUCGGCCUAUCCAUCGCUCUCCUGGCCCUACAGGGUCCGGCAAUGGUUUCAGCUCAAGACUCCCACUCCACUGAGAAAGUGUGGGGAGUCUUUGCAUUUACUGUCUAUGGAGACAGCAAGCCAAGUGCACUCACCAGCUCUCGGACUUUGACCGACUAUGGAGCCAGCGAACUCGCUGCGGCGGCAUCGGCUUUCCGCUAUCGUUAUAUAUCAACCGUCGCAGGCUCCCAGACUGGAAUCCAGAACAUAUCCCCAAUCAUUUUGGACUCAAAUGACGUGGAUGUGCUCUCGACAACGGAGCAGAAUAUUGUUGGCUCCGCGCAAGCAUUCAUGCAGGGUCUAUACCCACCACUCGGAUCAAUGAACAUACCGAGUACCGAGAUUGCGAACGGAUCGUUUGCACAGGCGCCAUUGAACGGAUACCAAUAUCCUCGGAUCGUCACCGUUGGUGAGGGAGAUCCACAGUCUCUUUUGAUUGAAGGUCAUGCAAUGUGUGGCAUGUAUCACACCGCCGAGGAUGAAUACCGUAACAGCGACGAAGCCCAGGAUAUCACGCGAGACACAGAAGCCUUUUAUAGGAAACUGUGGAGACUGGCAUUAUCUGACGUCUACGACGCAUCUUCCGUAACUUAUACGAAUGCCGUUUCAAUCUCGGAAUAUUUGGAUUAUGAAGUUGUGCACAAUGACAGUUUGUUUGAAACUCUGAAUCAGGCCGACAUCCUCCGUGCUCGCUUGUUAGCGGACCAGUACCUAUGGAGCACAAACAGCCAACAAUCAUCUUCCAGUGGGUCUAUAAUCGGAGCAGCCAGUCCAAUUGCAGGGCAGACAUUGGCAUCGAGCAUUCUGGAAGCCUUUGAUCUGAACAUCCAGGAAAGUGGCACCCGGCAGAAGAUGACGCUGUUGUUCGGUGGCGAUGAGCCAGCUGUUGCCCUGUCGUCUGUGGUGGGACUCGCAAACCAACACCAAUCUAACUUCUUCUCCCGCCUGGUACGAGGUGGCUCGUUCGUUUUCGAGCUGUACAGCUUCGAGAACAGCAGCAACUUGUAUCCAUCAUACCCUGGAAUUGACAAUUUGUAUGUGAGAUUCUUGCUUCACAACGGGACCGACAAUACCACCGACUUCCAAGCGUAUUCUCUAUUUGGCCACGGUCCUAGCCAAAGCUCAAUCCCGUAUACUGAAUUCCACUCCGAGCUGGAGACAUUUGUCGUGGCCUCAACCCAGGAAUGGUGUCUCCGCUGUAACGCCGAAUCCGUGUUCUGCAAUGGAGUAUUCGACCAGACUGGAUCUCAGCCAUGGAAGAAGAACAAAGAAAUGGCUCCCGCUGUAGCCGGAGUCAUUGGUGCUGUUACAACUCUUGCUGUUGUUGGAUUUGCAGCAAUCAUUGUGUUUCUCAUGUGCGGUGCUCGUAAGCGCAACCCAAACAAAGGAAGUCUGGGAGGGUUCAAAGGCUCUGGUAAACUUGCCAGCGAUACCGAUGUGUCAUUCGGUGAACCCAUAUGGGGAAACUCCAAGGCCAACGAUACGCAAGCAUCCAUUGGUCUUGCUGCCGGAGUUGGUGUUGCUGUGCAGGGCCACGAAUGCACUGGAAGCUGGGAGAUGGGACCGGGAAAAAAAGAGAUUGAGGAUAUCCAGCCCGAUGGCAGGGAAUUGACUUCGCCUUUUGAGGAGCAUGAAGAGGAUUGUGAUAUGUACAAUGGUAUGCAGCCUGUGAAAGCCCGGGAGAGUGUAUAG